CCUCGAUACCGACCUUGCUGCCAAUAUUUUAAUAUUAAGGGUCCUGACUUCCCAAUUGACACGAUCUCAUUGCAAACCUCUACUUCCAAUUCCACAACACGUCCUCAGUCUUCCCAUCCAAAAUGUCUCCAACUGCCCUUCAACAGGAAGACCACACUCGCGAUGCCGAGUUCAACAAAGCCAUGCACGGCAAGUCUGCAAAGGCCCGUGGUGGCAUGACGGCCAUGCUCCAGAAGGACAAGGUGGCACAGCAAGCCGCCGUCGACGAGUACUUCAAGCAUUGGGACAACAAAGACGCCGCAGACGAGACGGCGGAGACGAGAAAGGAACGACGAGAUGAAUAUGCUACCCUCACCAGGCACUACUACAACCUCGCGACCGAUCUGUACGAGUAUGGGUGGGGUCAAAGUUUCCACUUCUGCCGCUAUGCCUAUGGCGAGUCCUUUUACCGAGCCAUUGCUCGCCACGAGCACUAUCUUGCCCACAAGAUGAGCCUCAAGGACAACAUGCGCGUCUUGGACGUUGGCUGUGGAGUCGGAGGACCCGCGCGCGAGAUUGUCAAGUUCGCUGGUGUCAAUGUUGUUGGAUUGAACAACAACGACUACCAGAUUGAGCGCGCUACAGCCUAUGCGGAGAAGGAGGGCCUCUCGGACAAGCUCAGUUUUGUCAAGGGCGACUUUAUGCAAAUGUCCUUCCCGGACAACUCCUUCGACGCUGUCUACGCCAUCGAGGCGACCGUCCAUGCACCGUCGCUCGAGGGCAUCUACAGCGAGAUUUUCCGUGUCCUCAAGCCCGGUGGCGUCUUUGGCGUCUACGAGUGGCUCAUGACCGACAAGUACGACAACGACAACCCCCACCACCGAGAGAUUCGCCUCGGUAUUGAGAUUGGUGACGGCAUCUCAAAUAUGGAGAAGAUUGAGGUUGCCCUGAAGGCUAUGAAGGCUGCUGGCUUCGAGAUGGAGCAUCACGAGGAUUUGGCUGAGAGGGAUGACCCCUACCCAUGGUACUGGCCGCUUUCUGGUCAAUUGAAGUACAUCUCCACCAUUGGCGAUAUCCCGACCAUUCUGCGCAUGACCAAGAUCGGACGAGGACUUGUUCACAGGUUUGUUGGUGGCCUCGAAAUGAUCGGUCUCGCGCCAAAGGGUACCCAGAAGACGGCCGACAGCCUCGCUCUUGCGGCCGAUUGCCUUGUUGCCGGUGGCCGCGAGAAGCUGUUCACUCCUAUGUACCUCAUGGUUGGACGGAAACCAGCAAGCGCGUAAGCCUUCUCUUCAGCUUCUAUUCGUUCAUACUAGACUUUUCUGCAUGUGGAUUUUCUUGGUGGCCUCGCGGGUGUUUCUCUUCAGUCCUGGAGUACCGUCUCCUGGCAUUUGCAUCCAUAUAUCUUAGAAGAUGCGUACUAUAUAUACUGUAAUACUUGGGUGAGAACGAACAAGGUUUAGGGAAGGUGAUGGUAACGCGACUUAUGGCGAGCGUAGAGUAGAAUGAAGAAGUAAUGCUCCAAGAAUGUGUUGCCCAUGUUACACAGUCUCUUACAACAUGAACAAGCUU